CGCAGAAGAGCCUAAUAGACUCGUUGUUGUGUACAUGGCGGUAAAUAUAAGAAUUUCUGUACAGCUGCUUGUCAGCCUUCGCUAAGAAAUGGCCAAUGAAUGAAUCGGGAUUUCAUACCGUGAGAAUAAUAAUUUAAUUUAUUUGAAAUAGAUAGCAAGUUCUGUGACCAAAAAAUUUUGACGCAGUUUUGUAAUAGGGUUGUCAUGUCAGAAGAAACAAAUAUUCUUUAUUCAGAUAAAUAUUUUGAUGAUAAGUAUGAAUACAGACAUGUCAUGCUUCCUGCUGAUGUUGCAGAACUUGUUCCUCGAAAUCAUUUGAUGACAGAAACUGAAUGGCGUAAUCUUGGUGUUCAACAAUCUCCUUAUUGGACACAUUAUAUGGUUCAUUCACCAGAGCCACACAUUUUAUUGUUCAGAAAAUUGCUUAAUAAAACUUCAAAUCCUUGAGCUUCAAUUCUCCUGCUUCAAGAUAGCUGUUAAAUUGAAUUUCAUGCUUUUUAGCGAAAUAAGCAAGUUGUAUGUCAUGUAAUCAUACAGAAAUUCUUUACUGUAAAACAAAAAUUUACUCAUCACUAAAAAAACUAAUGUAUGUACAAUAAAGUUAAACACAU